AUGUCGCACCGAUCCGGGUUCCCCACGCUGCGCCCAGCGUAUAUCCUCAAGUUACUCGUAGGUGAAGGCAACCCCGUCGGCCCCGUCCAAUCCGGCUCUGAAUUCAUCCAUUAUGUGAUUAGUCCCUCCCUGUCUCGAGCGUCAUAUACGGCACUAAUCUAUCCCCAGGCAACUCCCGACGGCACAAUUGCCACAGUCCCCGGCUUCACGCCCGAAGUCAACGCGCGGAUUCUGUUUGCCGGCGACUGGCUGUAUUUUGACGCCGACAAGCAACAUGUGCGGAUGAAUGUAAAGGGGGUUGCUCGUACUCUAGAAGGCGAAGGGAUCAACUUCUCAUACUCGGGUGUUUCCAAAGUCUCGCCUGAGUUGGAGGGCAUUUUCGGUGGUCAGCCGCAGACAGUUCCGUUUGGGUUGUCAACCAUGAACACGCAUUUUGAAGUCGGAAGCGGUCGACUGAAGGAGCUGGAAAACUCGACGUGGAUUGGGAACGGGCGAUUUCUACACGAAGACGGCAAAGUGCUUGUCGAAGUCCGUAUUGCGCAGGUUGUUGCGAGCGAGGAUAUGUAUUGA